AUGGCGUCUGUCGUCCGCGGCACGUCGCUCAGGGCCGGCGGUGCUUGUGUACGCUGUCGCAAAGGCAAGACCAAGUGCGUCUACGAGAAUGGUCGGGCGCCUUGUAGGAACUGCGCGAAGGGAAUGCACGAAUGCUAUCUCCCUUCAGAAAGCAUGGCUCAUCACCAUGGGCAAUCUCCUGCUAGACCUCCACGUCCGCGAGAGAGCAUACCUGGAGAGCGAAGCGUGUCGGCUACUAGCGACCGCCAACCUGUAGCAUCCGGUACCGUCUUACCGCGCAGUAUGCAGUCGAACACUGAGAAAAGUUCUCCUGCUUUGAUUCGUCGAUAUGGCGGCCAGGGAGGUGCCUCGGCGGCAGCCGAGCAUUUUGCCGUCAAGGCCAUCAAUAUAAUCAUGCAGAACCUCGACAACCCGAGCUUGGCGGAUAUUCAGGCUCUUUGCCUCUUGAUCAUCCACGAAUGGGGCAAUCGCAAUGCCGUCCGUGCCUACAUCUACCUCGGUCAAGCUGCCCGCAUGGCCCAGAUGUAUCGGAUAAUUGCGGUCCACCAAAACCGAGGCGACCCGGAUCAGUUCAUCAAGGACGAAUCGUUCCGCCGCACGCUGUGGCUCGUUUACGUCCUUGAUUGCUUCCUCACAAGCAGCCCCGGCCGCCAGCCGGCCGUUUCCCACCAUGACAUCAAGGACGUGCCACUUCCGUGUUUAGACAUGAGCUAUAACUUCGGCACACCUGUCUAUGUUCGCACCCUAGCGGGCGGCCCGCCGUCUACGCUUCCGGACCCGUCCACUCCAAUGUCCGAAGUCGGGGAGUUCGGUCAUAUAGUAAUGGCGACUCAGGCCUGGCGUAACGUCAUCGAGAUGCUCACUACCGUUACAAGUACUACCUUCUCCGAGGAGGACUGCGCAUCCCUUGAGGCGGGCAUUGAAGCGGUUCGUAAUUCUCUGCCGCCUCACUUCAUGGACAAGGUCGGGCAAAUCAAUCUCCAUAUUACUAUGGGUAGUGGGUUCACAUAUGCUAUGUUGCACUGCCUCCUUCAUUGCGCCACCAUCAUGGUUAACCGUCGUAGACUUCUGCAUCUCGUCACCACGGAGGGGUUCAACCAUGAGACCUGGCGUAUAGUUCCGCACGUUCACCUACAGACUGUCGACCGAGUAUUUGCGGCCGCCCACAGUGUGGUAUCACUCCUGCUUGCCCUGGAAGCCAAUGCCGAUAAGGAUGCCGUACUCAAUUUCCCACUGGUCAUGCUGUUUUCGUGCUUCACGGCUUGUUCAACUGUGGCUUGGUUCAGUCUAAAAGGUCUAACACCUGGCGAUGUUAAUGAAACGGCAGAAUCGAUCGUUCGUGAUGGCAUGCGUUUCCUCCAAGAUGGAGCAAAUAUCUGGAUCUUAGCUGUACCCUGGUAUCGCCAUCUGUCUGUCAUGAAUAAGGUCUUGCGCAAUGGCGAUAGGACGCUCCAGAGAACACAACCUGACCCUGCCGUGCCGUCGAUUAAGGAAGACACUGCGAGCCAACCUGAUAAUCCUGACAGCAUGGAUUAUGAACGUCCACAGUCGGCUAACGCCCAAGAACAAGCUGACGGUCGAGGCAGCGAGCCGCCGCGCAAAUCUGGAUUUACCACCAUCAACGGAGGAUCGGCCGGUGUGUCGACGCCGGCAACUGCGAGCCCGCCCCCAGGGAAUGUCAAGGCAGACUCUCCAGCACCAUCCUCGUCCGGACAGCCAGCCGAUUCUGCGCCAGCCUCGGGCAGUGAUAUGACCGCUACCGAACUUUGCGUAGCCUUCGAACGCCAGCUUCUCGAACUAGACGAUCUAGCUGCCUUCAUGGGCGGCGGUGUAUAG